GCUAAAUAUUGCACAUGAGUAUUACAUGAGAGACUCCAUGUACAGUGCACCCUAACCACAGACCUCACUGCGAACACUUUUCAUUCCAACUAAUUCACACAGUCCCCGUGUGGACUGUAGACGUGUGUGUGUGUGUGUGUGUGUGUGUGUGUGUGUGUGUGUGGAGGCGCAGCAGUGCUGCAGGCUGCCUGUCAGCCGGUGCUGUGGUCUCUUUAAACGCAGGGCGGAGAGCAGAUUUCCGAUCGUCCAUGAAGUCAGUCCUACGUUGCUGCUGCCACAUCUUCUCAGUUGAUCCGGAGGAUUCCCUCUGCAGGGAAAAAACCGGCCCUGCCUGUAUGCUCAGCUCAGCACGGCACCAUGGAUUUCAACGUUAAAAAACUGGCUUCUGAUGCCGGGGUCUUCUUCACCCGGGCGGUGCAGUUCACAGAGGAGAAGCUGGGCCAGGCUGAGAAGACAGAGCUGGAUCCUCACUUAGAGAACCUGAUCACUCGGGCCGACGGCACCAAGAACUGGACUGAAAAGAUCUUAAGACAAACAGAGGUGCUCCUGCAGCCCAACCCAAUUGACCACACUGGUGCUCGAAUAGAGGAGUUCAUCUAUGACAAGCUGGAUAAGAAGCUUCCGUCCAAGGCGACCAACACAGAGCUGCUGGGCCAGUACAUGUUGGAAGCUGCCAAUGAAUUUGGUCCAGGGACGCCAUACGGCAGUACCCUGAUCACAGUGGGAGAGUACCAGAAGAGACUGGGAGGAGCAGAGCGCGAGUUCCUCCAUACCUCAGCUGCCACCUUCCUCACUCCUCUACGCAACUUCCUGGAAGGAGACUGGAGGACUAUAUCAAAAGAGAGGCGACUGCUGGAGAAUCGACGGCUGGAUCUUGACAUCUGCAAAGCACGUCUGAAAAAAGCCAAGCAGGCAGAAGCCAAAGGAGCGGCUGCACCUGAUUUUCAGGAGACAAGGCCUCGAAAUUAUGUUCUUUCUGCCAGUGCAUCAGCGUUGCUGAGUGAGGAAGUGGACAAAGCAGAGCAUGAACUUCGUGUCGCUCAAACAGAGUUUGACCGACAAGCUGAGGUCACCAGACUGCUGCUGGAAGGCAUCAGCAGUACACAUCUGAACCACCUGCGUUGUUUGCAGGAUUUUGCGGAGGCUCAGGCCACUUACUAUGCCCAGUGUCAUCACUACAUGCAGGACCUUCAGAGGGAGCUCAACAGUGCCCCCCACUCCUCUGCUGCUGCCUGCCCCAACCCUGUCUCCUCUGCUUUCCUGUCUGGACUGUUAUCUCCUGGGGCUACAGUCUCCUCCUCAUCCAGCCAAAGGCCCAGCGCUCUGGCUAUGGAGCAGACUCAGCUCCCUGUCACGGGUGCCAGAAAGGCCAAGGUUCUGUAUGAUUAUGACGCCCACGAUUCCAGCGAGCUUUCCCUCUUAUCUGAUGAGCUAAUUACCGUAUACACCGUACCAGGAAUGGACCCUGAUUGGCUGAUUGGAGAACGGGGGAAUGAAAAGGGCAAAGUCCCUGUCACCUACCUUGAACUGCUGAGCUAAUGGACCAAACAUCAGGACACAUACACACACACUUGCACAAACUUCUAUUUACUGUCACAUGUGUGCAUUUAGUACACUAAGUGUAUUUUAAUAUGUGGCUAUCUUAAACCUGUUGGGGAAAGUUUCUAUAAAUACAGACUAAUGCGAGGAAAUUGCAGCAAACACUUGUGACACAGUCAAAGCUACACUCCCUCAUUUUGUUAACAGUGCAGUUUGGAUGCUUUUGUGUGAAAACUUUAAAUUAAAUUCUUGUCACUCUUACAUGUGUUUGUACCAUAAAGCAUUCAUGACACAUUCAAAUACCAAGACCUUGUGUAUUCCAUUAAAAGAUAAUUCCGAUUUAUUACGGCUUGGGUCUUAUUUUUGUAGUUUGGGCCAUCAUUUGUAUUGGUUAUGAUGUUUGUACUCACCAAAGUAACUGCUGAGAUCGGGGAACAAAGUGACGUGACUGUAACAAACUUCAAUGGGCCAAGAAACACAAGCUGUCAGACAACUACUAAAACUAAAUACUAAAACUGGAACUUCCAGGUUCUGCUUUAUAAUUUGUAAUGCAAAUUGCUAAAAAUAUUGGAACAUAACCAUACUCAGCAGUAUAUCGUACAGUUUGUCUAGACUGAUGGUAAUCUUUUUAAUAAAACAAUGUAGGCAUAAUAUAUUAAUAAUAUUGUCUGAUCCGAUAUUUAUCUAAAUGUUGAUUCAAAUGUAUCAGACACAUUGAAAUAACAGCCGUGGCCUACUACAUUUUAAAAUUUAAAGUGUCUAUAGUAACAGCAGUAUGUGAGACUAUGGAUCAUAAACCCCAGGAACAUGUUUCCUUUUUUUUUUAAAAAAAAGACCAAUGAAAGAAACCCCCACUAAGAGCUUGCAUUGAGGUACAGAAGCUAGGAGAACAGCAGCUAGCCCGGAGAUAAUGUCAGGACAGUCUAUUUGGAGGUAAAACUGAUAGCGAACAAAACUGUGUUUGGGUACAAUUAUGGUAAUUAUGGAAGAUCAAAGUAGAACCAGGCAGUCAGUCUGUAAACUGUGAUGGAUGUUUACAACAGACAGGUAAUAAUUUUACCAUUUGCCUUCAUUUUAUCUUCCAAAAACAUUUGGCUAACCUGGAGGUUAGAUUACAACCUUUCUGACUGUGUGACUGCUCGUGUUUCUUGACCUGUUGGACUUAUUUUUAGUGAUGCUGCCAUGUUUCUGGAUCUUAUUAAUUAAAGUGGUGAGUACACAGGAAAAAAGGACCCAGUGUGUAAUAAACCAGAAACCUUUGUAGAACAAUGUAGGGCUAGCAGUGAUGAAUUAUAUCUAGCUGCUGCCUCUACUCUCCACUUUCAGCUCCACAAUCUCCAACUGAGACUGUGUUUUCUGUUUCAUCAUUUGUUCUAAAAACUCAGCAAUAAAAGUAGAUCUAUUAUCUAUUAUCUGCUGAGAAGGGCUUUAAACUAAAAUGUAAUACACUCUUGUUGUACUGUAAACCUUGUAGAAGUAAAACACACAGAUUGGGAAGCUUGUAAGUUUCUGUUUCAGUUUUCAAAUGCAGAACUUGAUUUGUAACCUCACCAUUUGACCAGUGUAAUGACAUUAGCUGUUAGCCUUCCGUUAUAUCACAAUCUAUCUCUCCACCCUACAUAUUCCAUAUGUAUGGGGACUAACCCCCACGGGGGCAGCUGACGUGGAUACUUUUUAAGUAUCUUUUAAGUACUUUUUAAGGCUGCACUGAUUAGCAGCAUACAGUUAUAUAAGCACCAUGCGUGCAUGGCCUCUCUGGUUAACCUUGAUUGGAACAUGCUUCGGAGCAGCUUUUAGCUGAAGAGAUAGUCUCUCCACUCAGAGAACCUGGCUUUCACAUGUAACCUUCCGUUCUCUUUCGUGUCGGGGCUAUAUCUCCACCCUACAUAUUCCAUAUGUACAGGGACUCUGUAAGACCCACCGCAAGGAAACCAAGCAGACCGAGCUGCUCCUUUGGGAGCCUGAAAUGGCAUUUGAGUUCAAAUGAGAUGUCACCCCCACCAGAGUGCUCACCCAUGUGCUCAGAUAAAGGCUAACUACUUACAAAUACACUAUGUACACACCCAUGACCUAGGUGCAAUACGCCACCAAGGCUUAGCUGCCCCCGCAAGACAUUAAGGCCAGCUGUAAAUGGAUGGAAGGCCACUUAGCCUGCCAGGUUGCAAGGCUAGCUUUGAAAGAAAAAGAUAUCACUGUGAGCCAAGGUCCUUUCUUGUAAGUGGCUGUGGUCCCGGAGGCAUGGUAUGUCAGGCCAUGUCCUGCUACAUUGAGCCCAGCACACGUUCAGUGAAUGGGUUGCCGGCUAUCACAUUCGUGCCGGCUAUCACAUUCGUCAUGAAGGUGGACGGUGUUGACCAAGAGGCCGGCGUACAAAUCUCAGAUAGAGGGGCAUAAGGCCAAUUAGGUGGCGAGGCCCCAUGUGGAAUGUGCACGCACCACUACUGGGUCCGGCCUGCCUACCUGCCCAAGACAAUUAGGUUUGUAACAGACAGAGCUGUCUGUUGUCCUGUGGGCAUGUGUCCGAUGAAGAUACAUCGUUAAGACCCUGACAGGGCACAACAGUGACUGCCCACUCAAUCCUGCUUCACUGUCCUAAGGAGGGUGUAAAGGGUGCGGCUCAAUUGUUUGACUGGUGUGGGACUUGGACCAGACAUUAGGGUGGAAUGCAGGGUUUGGGCGCAGCACCACCCCAGCAUCACCCAGCAAGACGUGGCAGCGUUCCUCAUGCACCGAAAGGCAUGGAGCUUUCCCCAUUCUUUUAGCCGACACAAUUGCUAACAAGAACACCAACUUGAGAGAAAGCUAUUUCAGCCCAGCUGUUUCCAGGGGCUCGAAUGGCUCAUGCUGCAAGGCUGACAGCACCACCUCCAAAUACAGCUGGCCUUCUGUGGUAGGUAGUAACCCUACGAGGACCUUUAAGAAACUGAGCAAUAAGGUCACAGCAACCCUCAGCCAGUUUCCGAGGCCCAACAAGGGCUGCCUUUUUGGCUGCCACCAUUCCUUUCAAAGUUGAGGGAGACUUGCCCACCUCCAACAGGAACUGGAGGAUGUAAUGGGCCAUACAGGAGAGGGGAUCCACCUGUCUCGAGUUGCACCAUGAUUGAAACACUCCCCAAUGAUAGAAAUAUGCUGCCUUAGUUGAUGGAGCCCAGGCUCCAUGCAGAGUGCUAACCACAGACUGGGGCAACCCUGUGGCUAGAAAUUCGACCCUGUCAGGAGCCAAGCCCAAAGCCUGAGCCCCUGGGGAAAAGGUUGAUAACGUAGUCCCAUGGGCCUGGGACAGCAGGUCCCGCUGAACAGGGAGCUCCCAGGGGCGUCCUCAAAGGAGGGGUGCAAUUGCAGAGAACCCAAUCAUCUGGGGCCAAUUGGAAGCCACCAAGAUGAGGCUCACCACUUCCACCUGGACUCUGUAGGAGUGGGUGCAGGAGGAUGAAGGGAGAGAAGGCAUACAAGAGAGUCUGAGUCUGCCAUCUUUUUUGGGAAUGAGAAGGUAAUGUGAAUAGAACCCAGCCUGAUAAACGUUCUGCUUGACCUCCAUGAUGGCCUUCUUUGCCAGGAUAGUGUAGAUCUCCGCAGCCAGAACCCCCCUGUGCUGAGAGUCUGCCACCAUUGAAAAGGUGGCUGACCUUGUCAGUGGGGGCGGGUGCAGAAACUGCAAACAAUAACCCUGAGUCAUAAUGGAAACCACCCAGGGGUCCACCCCAAGGGUCUCCCAGGACAGGCACUGUCCUGAGGGGCGGCAAGGUUCCGAGAACAUUCAGGACUGAGGGGAGGGCUUGGAGGGCCCCUGGCUCCGGCCUCGCCCACUCCACUGACUGCGUUUAGCUCUACAACUCCGGAAAUGGGAAACGGUCGGUUUGGCGGCCUAACGGUCGUGCUUGUGAACUGAAAAGGAAAAUAUGCACUCAGUGGCAUUAUUCACCCCUCAUACAUUCACCAAGCUGACACGGAAGCUCAAGUGGACUGUGGAGGCGUGCCAGUUACCCAGCUUUUUCACGUUUCUUUCCCUUUGGAAUUACCCGCGGCCUAAGUACGCCUGCUCACGUCCUCCGACUAGGUCAGAUUCCACGAGGGACUAUGGCUGUGAGUGUCAACGUCAACACGACUUUCGCCUCAGGCUGCAAGCUAUUGCAGAGCUUAGCCAUGCACCUAACUAGGCGUCCAGGGCGCUCGGUGUGCUUUUCAUUUCAACAUGGAUGGCGAAGCUGGCUGAGCAGGUUCGCCUCUACAAACACAUCUACCACCCUUCUUUGAGAGACCACAGGGACAGCCAAAUGACUCUCAAUUCAUGGAGAGAGAUUGCCACCACACUGGCAAAAGAUAAGUCAUUUUGCCAGAAAGUGUCCGCCCGCUGCUUCCUCCAACAGGGUCAGAUUUCAAGAUGUCAAGAUUCACACACGUCUGACUGCUUGACUGCACGCGUCGUGCUUAUAUAACUACGUGUUGCUAAUCAGUGCGUGGCUACCACAGGUGACGUUAGCUGUCCCUGUGGGGGUCAGUCCCUGUAUAUACUGAAUAUGUAGGGGGAGAGAUAGUCUCGACACGAUAGAGAACUACAGUAUACAGUAUGUGUUCCUGUAGAAGCCAUCUGAUUUAAUUUUGGUUAAGUGAUCAUGGUUAGUCAUCAUGUUUUAUUCAACAACUAGUUCCAUGUCAAACACAUCUGUUCUUCAAGCUUUAGUGAGUCUCACAGAUGACUAUGUAAUGUAUGUAGUUUUAAGUACUCAGCUCCCACACACUUUAAAUUCAUUUGACUGGGGGCCUGCCAUCCUCUCAACUCACCACACAUGUAGAGUGAAGUCAGGCAAAUUGGGUUAUGAGGCCAAAAGGGCACUGUUUCCGCAAAGUAAAUAAUUGGAAACAGAGUGAUACAGUUGGAGAUGAACUGAUGGGCAGAGCUGAUGAUGUUCAGGACAACAGGUCACAUUCAUCUGAGUCAAAGAAAUUACUCAUCAAAGAAAGUGAAGUCUUGUAUGACUCUAAAUGUUUAUGUGUAACUAACUACAGAUUAUGUUAAGUGCUCAUUUGGAUGGUUUACCUCACCAGUGACAAUAGGUGUGAGUCAUAGCUGUGUGUAAUGCUGUAAAGCUUUCAAAGGGAAUACCCAGUGUGAUUUCACAUCCCAACAUGCUAAUAAUAGAACCCAGAGUAUAUAGUAAUUUAGUGUACCUGAGAUCACACUUUCCUCUAGAGCCACCAUCAGUCCAAAAUAUCCCUUGGUGCAUAAGAAAAAUUAAGUCAGAAUGCUAUUAAAUUUGCUGAGCACAUUCACCCUUUCCUCCACCGCCACCCUCAGGAAAAAAAUUAGAUUUUUAGCUCUGUAACUAACUGCAAAAUCACCAAUGUUUUUUGCUCCAUUUGUAUUUUGAGUGUAAUGACCAUUGCAGCUAGCAAUGUUUUAGCCAUUUGGUCUUGUUUAUAACUUAUUGGAUGUUUGAAUGUUAGUCUUUCUUGACCUUGGUUAUAGUAGUUUAACAGAAUAAUCUUACCUCAAGGCCCAAUAUCAGUCUUUUUCAAGCGCUUUCCACCGCAUUUCACAGUUUUCAUCAGCCAGUGAAAUUUCCAAACAUAGAUGACAACUAAGACAAACUCCAUCCACUUAUGUAGAUCAAGAGAUGGCAGUUGAAAGCUCCAGAAAAAGCAUGCCAGUGGACGUUGAGUUAAGAUUGUUUUGUCUAACUAUUCAAUAUUCUCUGUCUUAUCUAAACAGGCUACUUUACAAGGACUGAAGAACACAUCAUGUGUAGUAAAUUGUAGAAACUAAUCUGCUCUGAUUGGAAAAAACGCCCUAUUUACUGUAGUGUAUGUGUGUGUGUGUGUUUGUGUGUGUAAAUUAAUUUGAGAUUACUCAUUCCACUUGUUCUCAUGAGCUGUGUUUCCUGUUGUUUUCAUGUUUUUAAUUUGUGUGUUGUUACAUGCUUAAAAUGUCCUGACAUCUUAUUGUUGUCACAUUCUUGUCAUCCUCCAACUUAUGGCCACUGGUUUGAUGUGCAAUAAACAUGCAUGUGUGUUACAGUAA